AUGUCUGCAAAGCUAAAGAACAAAGUAUGCAUUGUGACCGGAGGAGGUCACGGCUUUGGCGAGGCCAUGGCCAAGCGAUUCGCUGAGGAGGGGGCCAAGGUUGUGAUUGCAGACAUCAAUCGCACCACAGGGGCAAAAGUCGAGGGCGAAAUCAAUGCCUCUUAUGGUGCCAAAACAGCAUUCUUCCAGGAGACAAAUGUCACCAGUCAGGCUUCGUGGGAGAAGCUGCUCGAAGCCUCUUUGAAACAAUUCGGCAAGGUGGACGUCGUGGUGAACAAUGCUGGCACCACAUAUCCAAAGAAGGCUUCGCACACAGUAACGGAGGAAGAGUACGACAAGGUCAUAAACGUCAACAUGAAAUCCAUCUUCCUGAGCGUGGCUGUCGUGGUGCCAUAUUUCAUGGAGCAAAAGGCUGGUAUGAUUCUUAACAUAAGUUCGGUCGGAGGCAUCCGAGUCAAGAACGGACUGGUAUGGUACGGCGGCACUAAGGCAUUUGUCAAUAAGAUCACCGAAGGCCUCGCGUCCGAAUAUGGUCAUGCAGGAAUCCGGGUGAACGCCAUCUGUCCCAUUCUCGCUUACACUGACCUGGCACAAGCUUUCAUGGGCGUCGACGAUACGCCGGAGAACCGAAGCAAGUUCGAGGCGUCAUUCCCUCGAGGAGAGGCCCUCAAACAGAACAGUUCUUUGGGAUAUGUGGCCAACGCUGCUGUUUACCUCUGUUCUGAGGAUGCAGCAUUUGUCAGUGGUAUAUGCAUGCCGGUGGAUGGAGCGGCAACAGUGUACGCUGCUGGAGUUGGGAAAUAA